AUGGCCGGUGCAGGAGGACAAUUUUAUAUUAUCAUCAGUGCCAUGGCGCAGCUCCUGGUAGCCAUCAUGGCGCAACGGUCCGGCACGUUUAUCAACAAGCAGACCUCGCCGAGUCCAGGUUACAUUUCAGCAGCAGCAAUAUCGAGGACGAUUUCCGUUAAUCACAGCGGGCGUGGUGACUUCAAGCAUAUUCAACAAGCAAUAGAUUCCAUUCCGGAUGGUAAUUCUGAGUGGAUCCGUAUCCACGUUGCAGCGGGGACGUACAGGGAGAAGGUGCACAUAAAAUCAAACAAGCCGUUUAUAGUUCUAGAAGGGGAGGGCCGAGAUCGGACGGCCAUGGAAUGGCCGGAUCACUAUUAUCGGAGUUUCAACAGAGUGCCUACUUUCGAAUCAGCGACGUUUCGGUGCGACGCCUCCGAUUUCCAGGCACGGAAUAUAACGUUCAAGAACACUUAUACAAUUGAUAACAACACGGUGCCAGCCGUGGCUGCUCAAGUGUCAGGAGAUCGCUCCGCGUUCUACAACUGUGGAUUCGUGGGGGUCCAGGACACGCUGAAUGACCAGCAAGGUCGCCAUUACUACGAGAAUUGCUACCUUGAGGGUGCGGUAGAUUUUAUCUUCGGCCAUGCAAGAUCAAUCUUUCAGGGCUGCACGUUGUGGACAUGCAAGCUACCAUCGUGGAAGUAUCAGGGCUUCCUCACGGCUCAGGGGCGCGUAUUGUUGAGUGAAGAUAAUGGGUUCGUUUUUAAGGAGUGCACCGUAGAUGGCGUCACGCCGGUAUACUUGGGGCGUGGGUGGCGAUUCUGUUCCACGGUGAUCUUCUAUCGAACUUUUUUGUCUAACAUCAUCGUCCCCCAGGGAUGGGACGCCUGGAAUGCCAAGGGUCAUGAGACCUCGCUGACAAUGUUGGAGUCGGAGUGCACGGGGCCAGGAUCCAACAGGACAGGCCGAGUCCCUUGGUCCAGGGUAGCCAGCGGCACAGAGGUCGCCAGGUUCACCGACAUAAACUACGUCUCCAGUGAUGGAUGGCUAGGGGCGCAGCCGCACUAG